AUGACUCUCCUUUCACUCGCAGUGUUUUUGGGCCUUAGUCUUGCGGUAAACGCACAGUCCCCGGUUUAUGGCCAAUACUAUUCUCAGUGUCUUCCUGGGUCCGCUAGCCCAAGCAGCUCCUCCAAUCCAUCUACUGGCCCGACGUCAACCUCUGCACCUUCACCAACAUGCAGCUCAAGCCUUGUCAACCGUGCCACUGGAAAACUUAGAUUCGCAGGAGUCAAUAUCGCUGGAUUCGACUUUGGUUGUGGCACAGACGGAACAUGCGAUACUACCAAGGUUGUUCCACCUCUCAAACAAUACAACGGCCCUGACGGUCAAGGCCAAAUGCAACAUUUCGUCAACAACGACGGAAUGAACAUUUUCCGUCUUCCAGUCGGUUGGCAGUGGCUGACUGGUGGCGCACAAAGCGGCACUCUCAACCAGAAUAACUUUGCCAAAUACGACGCACUUGUACAAGCUUGCCUUGGAACUGGAGCCUACUGCAUUGUUGAUGUCCACAACUAUGCCAGGUUCAAUGGACAGAUCGUCGGACAAGGUGGUCCUUCCAACGACGUGCUUGCCUCCUUGUGGAGUAGCAUCGCUUCGAAAUAUGCCUCCCAAUCCAGAGUAAUCUUUGGAGUGAUGAAUGAGCCCCAUGACAUUCCUAACAUCAGCACCUGGGCUGCAACCGUCCAAGCUUCCGUCACAGCAAUCCGCAAGGCUGGGGCCACAUCUCAGAUGAUUCUGCUUCCCGGGAACAACUGGACAUCUGCAGAGACUUUCGUGUCAAACGGAUCUGGAGCUGCCCUCUUGAAGGUUGUUAACCUUGACGGAUCGACAACAAACCUGAUCUUCGACGUCCACAAGUACCUUGACAGCGACAAUUCGGGAACACACACCGACUGUGUUACCAACAACAUUCAAUCUUCUUGGGCACCGCUUGCUAACUGGCUUCGCUGCAAUGGACGCCAAGCUCUCAACACUGAAACUGGUGGAGGAAACACUUCAUCUUGCAUGCAAUAUGUCUGCCAGCAGAUCGCUUUCCAGGCUCAGAACUCUGAUGUUAUUCUCGGCUACGUUGGCUGGUCUGCCGGUUCUUUCGAUCAGAUUUUGACACCAACUUGGAAUGGCAACUCAUGGACCGACACCCAACUAGUCCAAAAGUGCAUUUCUCCAAACUCCGGCUCUCAGAGCGGCCCAACGUCUUAA